AUGUUUCUUCCGUGCGUCUGUCUUCUUCUUUCUGUUCUUCUGUCGUAUAUAGGGAUUGUACUACACGGAAUUUACAGCCUAGCUAGAAUACAAAUUGAUGCAAGGGACCGAUUAGUAACUGAAAAAGAGUCGCACGAUGAGUCUGAAAGAAUUGUUAGACAGGUUUUAAUGUACACUACAGUAAUUAUAAUAUUUAUUGUCUCGAUAAAACACUCAAAGAGUUUCCUUCACAUGGAUCCUUUAAAUUAUGUCUGCAUUUAUUUGCUAUUGAAUAACAGAACACAUGAAUACACCCCGAGUAUACUCCAGACAAUUCAGUCAAAUCUAUUUGAAACAACAGUUAUUUACGUAAUCUGCAGGAAAAAAGGUCUCUCUACUGGUAUGGACUUACUAUUAGAUCUAUUUAUAUCUAGGUACAAUGUAUUAGAACAAGCACGUUCUAAUGGUUGCAGCCAAGAGAUUUUAACGCACAAAUUUAAUAGAAGUAUUUUCAUACAUACAGUAAGCUAUCUUGUGAAAAGAACAUGCAUGCAUUUGCUGCUUAACUGGGACAGUGCAAUAUUCCUUAGAUCUAUUUUUAUGGUUGAGCACAGAAAUAUGAAUGAAUCUGAAUAUUUCUAUGUUUUAGUUCUAUUCCUGCAAGAAUUGCAUUUUAAAAGGGUGCUUGCAUUUGUAAUGUGCAAAUAA